UCACAUCUUGAUAGCCCGUCUUGACGAGUGCUAUCUCGGAUUCAACAAUUGGCGCCCACCGUGGGGCUGGAAACGCUUCUCGCUAUUCAUCUCGAAGAUAUCUAGAUUUUCACGAACUAGCAACGAUGGUGAACUCGAAAGAGAACACUCCCACCGGGAGCCCGUCUCCCUCAGAAGAAAACUUAAGCGACAGUCUACCAGCACGAUAGACAAGUCGCUACCCGCUGAAGGUAGGGACAAGCCUGCUCCCUACAAGAAACCCAUCUGUCUCGCCACAGAGAUCCGUCUCGCCGCGAAGAUACUUCGCCGCAACGAUCCCCUCCGCCAAGAAAGGACGAGAGCCCCCUCCGUCCGCACCACGCCGCUCGAGAAAAUCUUCCUCGAGCGACAAACCCCGCAGCUCGAAGAAAUCCUCCUCGAGCGAGAAGAUCCUCAAACUCAUGGAGAAUCUCGUCAAGCCACUCGCCGACGGUUUCGAGUCAAUGCGAGCACAGCAGAAAAAGACUCAGGAACAGAACUCGAACGGGUGAAUCGUCGCCUCGACGAGGUCGAUUCGAAAGUUCAUCGCGCCACCAGCUCAGCUCCGGAAUUGACGAAAGCACUCGCCGACACCCGAAGAAGCCCGCUCACCCGCAGGCUCCGCCAGAUUGAGCUACACGAAAGAGUUCGACUCAAAAUCGACUCUUACACCGGCGAAGAAGACCCCAAGAAGUGGCUAACCGCGUUCAACCUCGCCAUGAGGAGGGAGAAAUACAAAUCUUACGAUGAAAGGGAGGCCAACUACUGUCAAGUAUUCGUCGAGCACAUGGCGAAAGAUGCCUUGACCUGGUUCUCUAACCUCCCCGCCGAGUCGAUCGAUAACUUCGACGACCUAACCAAUGCUUUUCUGAAGCAUUACUCCAUGCACAUGACCCGAAUCACUCGGAACAUGUUCACCACAACGCAAACCCAAGGCGAACCAUUGCGCAGCUUUAUGGAAAGGUUCAAACAAGCAGCUCGCGACACUGGCGACAUGCCCGAUAGCGUCCCGCUAGAAGCACUCCGCAACGGCCUCUGGUACGACUCCAAGUUCAAGGAGGAUUUGUCACUAAAACCCCCUGCGACUCUGGAGGACGCGUUCCACCGCUCUCGGAACUACAUCUUCCUCGAGGAAGACCAGCGCUUCUACGCCGAGAAACAUGGAGAUAGGAGGGCAACCUCAUCACUCCUAACGGCGUUCGCAGCAGCCGACAACGAGCCCGAGCAGGAACCGCAUCACAUCAAGAAACGGGCAACAGAUGUCGCGACGCCCGAUCUCGACGACUCUGACACGUUUUGCCGCCUCCACGGAACCGGUGACCACUCUACAAGAAACUGCCGACGCCUAACUCGCGAUCUCCUUCGGAGAUACCAGCACGGGGAGCUACCACCGAUAAAAGGGGACCGCUCUCGUCACAGACGAAAGCCGGCACCCGUAAUCCCGGAAAACACGCCGGAUGACGUAACGAACUACUCCGACGAAUCAGGGCAAGAGAUUAACAUGAUAAUGAGCAACCCCAUCCAUCGCGAUUCCAUCUCGACGAUCACGGAGCAUGAAUACGCAGCGGUGGAGCACGAUCGCAACCCGACCCGCGAAGAAAUCCCCACUAUCAUCUUCACGGAUCAAGAUACGGCGGGGCUGGAUACCCCUCACGUCGACCCACUCGUGGUCAGCUUGCACAUCAGUGACUCCAGCGUAGCAAGAAUCCUGAUCGAUACCGGGAGCACGGUGAAUCUAAUCUACAAAGAGACCCUCAACCGCAUGGAAAUCAGCAGAGACCAGAUCAAGCGUUCGUUGUACUCCCUCACCGGGUUCACCUCCGAACACGUCUCCAGUGAAGGCACGAUCCGCCUACCUAUCCACGUCGGCGGAACAACCAAAGCCGCCGAAUUCUUCGUCAUCGAUAAACCAGCCAUUUACAACGCCAUUUUGGGCACCCCAUGGCUCCACGAGAUGAAGGCCGUCGUCUCGACCUUUCACCAAUGUGUGAAAUUCCCGGCACAAUCAGGAAUUUACACACUGAGAGGGAAUCAAGGGGGCAGCAAGGUCAUGCUUCCUCUAUGA